ACUAGGGGUUUCUGCGGACUGCUGCGGUCUUUUUUGCGGAGCGAAGGUUUGACUUUCUCCGAAGAAACCCAGAGCAGUGGACCUCGAUGCCAAUGUCGUUGGCCUCCUUGUUGCAGAGCUCUCGCCCAGGAAAAGAACGACCGCAUAGUGGUAAUACGAGAGAAAGCUGCCAUACGCUGCGCCGAAUAAUAAGCGUGGCGCUUAACAUCCACCCAAAUUCGGGGUAAUCGAGUUUCUCCAGAUAUGGUUUCCCCGGGAUUUGUGAGACUGGAGAAUGUUUGGUGCCUGAGGAUUCAAAGUUGAAUGGCUUGCAUAUAAACAUGCUGUAUCAUGCAAGAAUCUUCAGAAAUUAUCCUUUCACACAGUAUAUCCUAUCGACCUCACAAUGGUUCAUCUCACCAAGGCCCUUGCGGUGGGUAUUUUGGCGGGCGUCGCAUAUGCCUUCAACUACGACCAGCCUUACCGUGGCCAAUAUCAUUUCUCGCCCCAGGACCAUUGGAUGAAUGACCCCAACGGUCUUCUCUAUCACAAUGGGAUCUACCAUCUGUUCUUCCAGUACAAUCCUGGCGGUAUCCAGUGGGGCAAUAUGUCCUGGGGCCAUGCUACCAGCAAGGAUCUCACCCACUGGAAGGAGCAGCCCAUCGCCCUUCUUGCCCGGGGAUAUGGCGGCAACGUCACCGAGAUGUACUUCAGUGGGAGUGCGGUCGUUGACGUGAACAACACUAGUGGCUUUGGGAAAGGUGGCAAGACACCGGUAGUUGCCAUGUACACGUCCUAUUAUCCCGUUGCGCAGACAUUGCCGAGUGGUAAGACUAUCCAAGAGAAUCAGCAGGCCCAGUCCAUUGCCUACAGUCUUGACGAUGGUAUGACCUGGACCACGUACGAUGCCGCUAACCCGGUCAUCUAUAACCCUCCCGCCCCAUACCAGGAUCAGUACAAGGACUUUCGUGAUCCCUUUAUGUUUUGGCACGAGAAGUCCCAAAAGUGGGUUGUUGUCAUUACUCUGGCCGCAUUACACAAGCUCGCAAUUUACACCUCCGAAAAUCUCAAAGACUGGAAGUUUGAGAGUGAAUUUGGUCCCUACAACGCACAAGGCGGUUCCACGAAAUGGGUUAUGACGAUCGGACUUAACCCCGGUGGUCCCCCAGGCACGGUCGGUUCCGGAACCCAAUACUUCGUGGGCGACUACGAUGGAACCACGUUCACUCCCGAUAAUGAUAAUGUAUACCCCGGAAACUCAACUGCUAACUGGAUGGACUGGGGCCCAGAUUUCUAUGCUGCGGCUGGCUUCAAUGGCCUCCCUGUAGACGCCCACGUCCACAUUGGAUGGAUGAACAACUGGCAGUAUGGUCAGAACAUACCCACUGACCCCUGGCGCAGCGCCAUGUCCAUUCCUCGACACCUGGCUCUUGAGACUAUCGGCGACAGGGCGACUCUAGUUCAGCAGCCCCAGGAAGCCUGGUCUUCUAUCUUGAGCAAGCGGCCGGCCUACUCGCACAGCUACAAAUCUGUCCCGGAAGGCUCCGUCAACGUGGGCACCACCGGCAAGACGAUCAAGAUAGACUUGAGCUUCUCUGCUGCUUCGACGGCUUCGGAGUUUGCGAUUGCUGUUCGAGCCUCCGCCGACUCCACUGAGCAGACCCUUGUGGGUUACGACUUCAUCAACAAGCAAGUCUUCAUUGACCGCACCAAGUCUGGAAACGUGUCGUUCGACAAGACUUUCGCGAGCGUCUAUCGCGGACCUCUCGCACCGAGCGACAAUGGCGAGGUGAAACUGAGCAUAUUUGUGGAUCGGUCCAGCGUGGAAGUUUUCGGUGGUAGGGGCGAGACCACCCUGACGGCUCAGAUUUUCCCGAGCAAGGACGCGAUCUACGCCCAGCUGGUGUCAACUGGGGGAGUUACUAAGCGCGUUCGCCUCAACGUCUACAAUGUUGCCUCGACAUGGAACUGAUGGUAUUGAGCGGCUAAGCAUGGUAACUCGUCAAAUAAAAG